AUGAAACCUUCCCUCAGAAUUCUCCUUUGCCUGGCCAUUUUCUUCGUUGUGAAGCUUGGACAAUGUAGGAGUUACAGAAUCGGCCUCCCCCGUUCAGAAUGUAUCUUUUUCCGGUGCGCUGCACCCCCGAAGAACUGUCGCACGGAGGUUGUUUAUGACGAUGGCUGCCCCGAGACCUGUAAGCUAGUCUGUGAGUGUCCCACGCCGACCGCGGAGUCUCUGGAGAUCUGUGAAAACCCAAAACCUUAUCCUUUGUGCUAUGUGGAGAAAGACUUAAUCAUGCUGGCAGACGGAAAAAUGUGUUUUAAUGGAUGUAUGGGGCAUUGUGAAAUGUAA